CAGGAAGUAAACACAAACACGUUGGGAGAACAUGGAGCAUUCGGAGCAGAACCAAACCUCAGACAGUAAAAUAGUAAAUAAGACGGAUGUUUUAUGGGACUUUCAGGUGUCUUUCUUCGCUAUGAGUCGUCUGGUUUCAUUUCCGUGGACUUUUUUAGAAAAAGAUCUUGAAUGCAACAAAUCAUCAGAUCUGAUUUCAGACAUCCUCAAACUGACGUGUCUUCACUCUUUGUGCCGGAAGUUUCCACCAUCAGUCAGAUACAGGAAGCUGUUCCUCUCCGAGCUCAUCAGACGGCAGGAGGUUGCAGGCUGCGAUCCGCUGGACGAGCUGUACGAUGCUCUGGCCGAAGUGGUCGGAGCUCAAGACACGACCGAGUGCUACAAGAGCUACCUGCUGCCCAGCGGUGAUGCUGUCAGUCUGCUGGAGAACGUGGCUCUGAUCUCAGAGGGGACCACCGGCCUGGUGACCUGGGAGGCUGCUCUCUACCUGGCAGAGUGGGCUCUGGACCACCAGGACACCUUCACCGGCAGGACGGUUCUGGAGCUGGGCAGCGGCGCGGGUUUGACCGGCAUCACCAUCUGUCGCUCCUGCAGCCCGAAGAGAUACGUCUUCAGCGACUGUCACCACAGAGUCCUGCAGAAGCUGAGAGACAACGUGCGGCUGAACGGUCUGAGUGAGACGACGGCCAGUACGGUCGGCGUGGAGGAGAUGGACUGGACGACGGCCACGGAGGAGCAGAUCGCUCAGAUCGGAGCCGACAUCGUCAUCGCUGCAGAUGUGGUGUAUGACCCAGAUGUUGUGGAGAGUCUGGUGGAGCUGCUGUCAAAGAUCCUGAGGAGUUCGUCUCCGGAGGUCUUCAUCUGCUCCACCAUCAGAAACCAGGAGACGUACGGCGGCUUUAAGCAGCAGCUCGAAGAGGCAGGAAUCCGACAUCAUGUGAUCACAGGAGCCGUCAGCCAGGUGUUUCCUUACAGCAGAGUCUCUGCUAUAGAAAUUAUCAAACUGUUCAGGUGACACGACU